GUCCUCCGUUGGUCCGUCACUAACGCCUCACGCAAAAAAAGCUGACGUACUCGGGAAAAAGAUUAAGAUAAUUCGACGGAGACGAGUGCCCGAUCCGAUAAAUAGACAUCCCCGCCCCCGCAAAAGAACCGCAUACAAAAUAUCGCCCUGUCCAGGACUCCAGGAUCCCAGGGAUGAAAGCUCUGGGGACAAAAAACAGCGGAUAAGUCAGCCAGCGUGCGUGUGUGUGUGCGUGUUUGUGUGUGCAAAGCUGGAAAAUUGUUGCUGCGCAGCGUAGGAAUAAUAUAAAACAUUCAGCAGCAGAUUUGGCAUGUCGAAGAUAAAGAUCAAGCUAAGGCUUAAGACAGAGGCAUAAAGCACAAGGCUAAAUCAAAAAUCGGUCACUCAAUCAACCGAACUCAGUGCCUUUGCAGCAGCAACAAGGUGCGUGAUUGUGUGCGUGUGUGUUGCUUGCGCAGUGUGUUGUUGUUGCAGUUGCAAUCGCCAGCAGUUGUUGUUGUUGUUGCGUCGUGACACAACAGUAACAAAAUAUUGAGCCGCCGAGCAAAACACAUGAUGUGGUCGUUCUUCUCGCGCGACUCCUCAAAAGACUUUCCCUACGACAUUGGCGAACCGGUCGGCGGUUUUGAUCAGUACUCCAUAUGGACACUUCACAAGGCCAAACGCAAGAGCAACCAGGAGGAGGUGUCCGUGUUUGUCUACGACAUCCGUAGUGGAUCUGACACCAAAUGCGAGCUGGCAAAGGCAUCGCUGAAAAGGUUGAAGACAUUGCGUCACCCCAGCAUCCUGCAGUACCUAGACUCCCUGGAAACGGACAAGAUGCUGUACGUGGCUACCGAGGCGGUGGAUCCGCUUGGCAGCUACUUCGGCAAGCUGGGUAGCGACAAUGUCCAGAAGGGCCUUUACCUGGCUUGGGGCAUCUUUCAGAUCACCCGCGCCUUAUCUUUUCUGAACAACGAUGGCAAUCUGCGGCACAACAAUGUCUCCGCCUGGUCGGUUUUCGUCAACGCCUCGGGCGAAUGGAAGCUGGGUAGCCUGGAGUACGUCUCAGCGGCUGAUGGAAAUCCCAUGCCGCCCGCAAAGAUACCAGUGACCCUGGAGGUCUACGAUUCCCCGGAAAAAAACGACCAGAGCAAGCUCAAGGCGGCCACAAAAUGUUCUGUGGACAUGUGGGGCUUGGGCUGUCUAGUAUGGGAAGCCUUUAACGGCGUUCUUAAGCAGCGCUCUAAUCUCAAGGAUAUAGAACAUAUACCCAAGUCCCUACAAUCGCUCUACUGCGAAUUAGUGGGAGCCUCGCCUUCAAAUCGCCCCAAUCCGGCGGAUAUAAUCACACGUUGCCGCAAGCCGGGAGGCUUUUUCAAGAACGAUUUGGUGGACACACUGCUCUUCCUGGAGGAAAUCCAAAUCAAGGACAAGGCUGAGAAGAAUCGCUUCUUCAGCGGGCUGACUACGCAUCUGGACAACUUUCCGGACAAUGUGUGCAGGCACAAGAUUCUUCCACAGCUGAUAACAGCCUACGAAUACGGAGAUGCGGGUUCGGCAGUUUUGGCACCCAUGUUUAAGCUGGGCAAACUGCUUGACGAAGUGGAGUACCAGAAGCGCAUUGUGCCAUGUGUGGUCAAGCUGUUCGCUUCCACGGAUCGUGUGACUCGAUCGCGUCUGCUGCAGCAGCUGGAUCUGUUUAUCGCACACUUGCAGCCGCAAGUGGUCAACGAUCAGAUUUUCCCGCAGGUGGCCCAUGGCUUUCUGGACACAAAUGCCACCAUAAGGGAGCAGACGGUCAAGUCAAUCAUCCAUUUGGCGCCAAAGCUGAACUACAAUAAUCUGAAUGUAGAGGUGCUGCGUCAUUUUGCCAGGCUGCAGGCACGGGAUGACCAAGGCGGAAUUCGCACUAACACGACAGUCUGUCUGGGCAAGAUUGCGCCGCACUUGCAUCCGCAGGUGCGUCAGCGUGUGCUGGUUUCCGCCUUCAUUCGCGCCAUGCGCGAUCCUUUCCCGCCAGCCCGAGUCGCCGGCGUUCUGGCACUGGCUGCCACCCAGCAGUACUUCUUGCUGAGCGAGGUGGCCAACCGGGUGCUGCCGUCUCUUUGUUCCCUCAGCGUCGAUCCAGAAAAGACAGUUCGCGAUCCGGCGUUCAAAACCAUUCGCGGUUUCUUGGGCAAACUGGAGAAGGUCUCCGAGGAUCCCAGCUUGCGGGAAACAAUGGAGGCGGAUGUCCACACAGCAACGCCCUCAAUUGGCAAUGCGGCGGCGACCUGGGCGGGAUGGGCGGUGACGGCCGUCACAGCCAAGUUCUAUCGCAGCCAAAGUGAUUCGUCUCGACCAAGACCGCCUUUAACUGGACGCAAUCUGUCCAAGCCAGCGUCGCUUGAGCAACCCUCGAGCAGCAGUUUAUCGACCACAACAAGCAGUGUUACCUCAAUGACGUCGCUGGAGCAUGAAAGCAAUGACACCUCCGCCUCGGCCUCCGAUUACGGCAACAACGAUUGGGACAACGAAAACUGGGGCGAAAUGGAUACGUCUCAGGAUCCCAGCAGUCCGUUGGCAGCUAGCUCUAAUAAUGGCGCCUUAAUGGCAGCCAAUGCCUUGAGCGAGGUGCGCGAUGGCUGGGACAACGAGGAAUGGGGCAGUCUCGAAGAGGAUCCGUGCGAGGAGGAAGAGCAAGCUGAGCAGGAGCAGCAGCAACAGCAACUGGCCAGACAAUCUAUUUCAUCCACCACGUCAUCCAGUCAGCAGCAUCAACGGCCGCUGCUGCCAAAUCAGCAGCAACAUCCCCAUCAGCAGCAGUUGCAGCAGCACGAACUGAAUGAUCUGAUCGAGCCGCUGGCCAAGCUCAACUCACAUGUCACCUCGCCGUCGAAGCAAUCGAUGCUGCGGCCAAAGGAGCUGCCCAAUCUAUCCAGCAGCAACACAUCGCCCACGUCAGCCACUGCCAAUUGCAAUAACAUUAGCCCGCCUUCGUCGCAUUUGAAUAAUUCGACGCAUAAUGCCAAUUGGAAUAGCGAUUCGUGGGCCGAUGGCGAAUUUGAGCCACUGGAUGAAUCAGGAUUUGGGAAUGCCAAACUGGAUGAGGCGCGUCGCAAGCGUGAGGAGAAGAAGCUGCAGCGGCAACGGGAAUUGGAGGCGCGAAGGGCUCAGCGGGCGAGCGGUCCAAUGAAGCUAGGCGCCAAAAAGCUUUAAAAGUAAUCAGCGGAUAACAGCAAAUGGUGUUAUUUGGCUGUUAUUUGCAUCGUAUAUCUAAGCCCAAAGUGUAUUUUGUAUAUUUCUGUGCGUGUGUGUCCCUGUCCCGUUCCCAAUUUUCCCGCUCUGGAUGUGCUUUAUGUUUGUUUGGUUACCAGUUUGCAUAAAAUGCAAUCUCCAUUUUGAUUCCGUAACAUAGCCGUGUUAAACUUAUAAUGCCGGCACGAUAUUAGCUUAUAUAUUCAGCGUCUCUAACGAAAUUUCAAAUGUAAAGCACUGUAAUUAAAACCUGUAAUUUAUAUUUAUAAAACCAAAAACGAAUGACAAACCAA